UGAAGGCAAUUCCUCUCUCCAGUUCUUCCUUCAGUGUCUCUCCUCCAGAAGACUCCCUCCUCUCCAGUCAGCUGCCACGCUACAGGUUUCUAUCCUGACAGAGCCGUGAUGUUCUGGAGGAAAGAUGGAGCAGAGAUUCAUGAAGGUGUGGACCACAGAGAGAUCCUCCCCAACAAUGAUGAAACCUUCCAGAUAACUGUUAAUCUCAACGUUUCAUCAGUCAGACCAGAAGACUGGAAAAAAUACGACUGUGUGUUUCAUCUCUCUGGUGUUGAGAACAACAUUGUAACCAAAUUGGAUAAAACAGUGAUCAGAACUAAUUGGCAUGAAAACAACAGGAUGGAACUCCUCUCCAUCAUUGUUGUUGUUGUUCCUGUUCUCAUCACCGUUGCUGCUGUUGGAUUUGUUGUUUACAAAAAGAAGAAAGAAAAGAAAUUGCACCUUGUAAGUAAAAUAUUUUACAAUUUUACUUUGAUCUAUGGAUUUAAAAAAGGUUGUGUUAAUAUUGCACAAGAGAGUCUUAUUAUAUACGUAUAA